AUGUCGUCCAACAACCAACAAGCUCCACUUCCGCCUGCAAAUUUCGGCAGUGAACAAUGGGCCACUGAUCCAUUUAAUCUUGCUCCAUCCGCAGUUGCCAACUCAGGUAUUAAUGGUUCUGGAAACGGACAAUCAUCAUCAUAUAAGGAACAAAUUUAUACUCUCCCCGGUGGUACUAUGACUUACCAAGAAUUUAGCGGUUGA